CUAUCCUCCCACACUCAGUAGUCUCUCUAACCGUAGACAUGGCUGGAACUCUGUGGAAGACCUGCCUGCUGGGGGCACUCGUCAUAACCCUCCUCAAUGCAGAAGCAGAGGCUCAGUGUGACAACGUUAUUAUCCGCGACCGGUGGUCUGAAAACUACCGAGCCGAACUCACUGCCCUAUCACCCAUUGAUUUCGAUAUCCUUACUAUGGACUGGACUUUCAGCAGUCCUGUGGACAACGUCGACUUUUAUCAGGGGCCGGUGAUCAAGCAUGACGACACGCACUUUACACUCCACAGCGACAUUAUCAGCGCGAAAAAAGGCGAUUUGGUCACGAUCCUCUUCAUAGUUCACUUCCAUGGCGAUACGACGCCAGUCAUCAUCAGUGAGAUACUGAAUGGCGUGCCUAUCUGUAACGGGACGGCACCUACAAUUCAGCCCGUGGCCACUACGACUGAGCCCGUGGUCACUACAACUGAGUCCGUGGUCACAACAACUAUGCCCGUGGUCACUACAACUGUGCCCGUGGUCACUACCACUGUGCCCGUGGUCACUACAACUAUGCCCGUGAUGACUACAACUGAGCCCAUGGUCACUACAACUGAGGCCGGGGUCACUACAACUGAGGCCGUGAUCACCACAACUGAGCCCGUGUACACGACACCGACGCCCGAGGACAACCCUUGUGAAGCAACUGGUAUGAAACCGUACGACUACAGUCAGGUACUGUGUAUGUCUUACUUGUUCUACGAGGCCCAGCGGUCAGGUCCUCUGCCUUCCGAUAUGCGCAUCACCUGGCGCGGCGACUCUGGUCUUGACGAUGGUACUGACAAAAACGUAAACCUGACUGGCGGCUACUAUAUAGCUGGUGACCACGUGAAGUUCGGAUUCCCGAUGGCCUUCACCGCCACCAUGUUGGCGUGGGGCCUCAUAGAUUUCGCCGACGGACAUGAGACUGCUGGUCAGAAGGAGUACGGUGAGGCAGCACUUAAGUGGGCCACCGACUACUUCGUUAAGGCCCAUCCUACCGAAUACGAUUUCUAUGGUCAGGUGGGCCUCAGCAACCUUGACCACGCCUACUGGGGACGACCUGAGGACAUGACGAUGGAGCGACCUUCAUAUAAGAUUGAUGAAGCUCACCCAGGAACUGAGUUGGCUGCUGAGACAGCUGCUGCCCUCGCUGCAGCUUCCAUGGUCUUCUGGAAACAUAGUCCGCCCUACGCCGCCAAUCUUCUGGACGUGGCCAUGCAGCUCUACCACCUAGCUGACUUACACCGUUUGGACUACGACAUCUCCAUCCCAGACGCACAAAACUUUUACCAGUCCAUUAAUGGCUUCGGCGACGAGCUUUGCUGGGCGGCUCUAUGGUUGGCUCGAGCCACAGGAGAUCCCAGCUACAUCGCCAAGGCUCGAGACCAUUGGGACGAGUUUAACUUCUUAAAGAGUGUUCAUGCCAACUUUUCCUGGAACGACAAGACACCUGGAAUCCUUUCACUCUUCUGGAUGUUGGACAACUCCAGUGAGUAUCCUGACGCCCUCAGAAACUACCUGGUCUGGUUAAAGACCAGUGCAUCAUACACCCCGGAGGGUCUUGUUUUCUUGGGUGACCAGGGCUCCAACCGCUAUGCUGCCAACGCCGCCUUCAUCUCCCUCUUUGUCGCCAAGAAUGGUAUGGACACUGAAGCUAACCAGAAGUGGGCGAGGGAACAGAUCGGUCAACUGUUGGGAGACAACUCCCGUUACAGCAGGUCCUUCGUGGUGGGCUACGGCCAGAACCCCCCUAAGAGAGUCCAUCACCGUGCCAGGUACACACACACACAUCAAUUGUUUGUGGUAAAAGCAGAUUACUUCCCAAGGAAAAUCCCAAAUAUUUGA